ACAGUAUUUGACUUCAGUUGUUAAGUGUUCUAGCUCAUGUUUCAUUAGUCGCAACCAUAACUUUUCUUCAAUCUUAAUCUUUUGGAUCUUCUUCCAUCUGAUGUAACCGCACCAUCCCCAACACUCCUAGGACACAUAAACAAACAGCACAAAAAAAAUAUUCUUUUGGUUUAUCAAGCGAACAUUUAGAAAUUUGUGGAAAAAAGGGAAAAGAAUUUAAACGAAAAUUUACUGCAUUUGCAGAACAUGCUUCCGAAGAUUAAGCGAUUUUGAUAAAAACCGGCUUUCGAAAGAGAAAAAAAAGAUCACAAAGUGAAAAAGAAAGGAGAACAAACUUCCAGUUUAUUGUCCAACUUCUUCAAACAUAAAAUAAAAAUAAAAUUUCGCGUUGGAAUUGCAAAUUAUACCUCGAGACUUCUAGUCGAUUUGAAUUAGAUUUUCAUAUAGUUUUGCCAUAUUAAAAAGAGAAAAAAGAAACAAAAUUAAUAAAGUGAAAACCAGAUACACUCAAAGCGAAAUCCGAAGAAGGAAAAAAAAGUGAUAAAAGUUAUAGUUUUUAAAAAAAUAAUACUAAUAAUAUAAAUAAUAAAUACAGUGAAGGAAGACAGAAGAAAGAAAAAAAAUAUUCACAAUUCAAAGAAAUGGAAAAAAGUUUUAGAAACUUGUUCAACUUCUCCACAAACUUUAACGCUUCUCGAUUUCUACUCUAAGGAAUAUAAAAAAUAUUUAACGAAAUUAAGCUGCAAAAGUUUGCACUUCUAAUUUUUACAUCGAUAAUAAUUUUUGUGAUAGAAAUUUCAAGUGAAAGAAAAAUUCAGAAGCACCAGUGACAGAAUACGACGAAAUUUUAAAACUUUCUUUAGUUGCUUUUUUUUGCAUAAAUUCGUGCACAAAAGAAAUAAAAAAAUAUUCAUAGUGACUUAAAUCAUAAAAAUUGAUGAAUAGUUUUUACUAAAUGUGAUAGUUGACACAAUAUAAUAUAAAAUAAAAUAUUUAUACAAUUUUAAACACAUAAUUAACCCCAACAUAAAUAAUAAUUAAAAUAAUCCUUUUAAAAAAGUAAACGAAUCUGUUGUUGAUUGUUUUUAAAAUAAUUUACACAAAUUGAAAAACUAAGAAGAAGAGGAAAGAAAGUUUAAGAACAAUUUCUUGUGUGACAAGGUUAUGGCUGCUAUGGUCAGCAUGUCGAACUUAUUAAAUGGAAAAGACUCACGAUGGCUUCAAUUGGAAGUGUGCAGAGAGUAUCAGAGAAACAAAUGUUCUCGUCCCGAUACUGAAUGUAAGUUUGCACCCCCACCAGCAACAGUGGAAGUACAAAAUGGUCGGGUGACAGCUUGCUACGACAGCAUCAAGGCUCGAUGCAACAGAGAAAAGCCACCAUGCAAGUAUUUUCACCCGCCACAGCAUCUCAAAGAUCAACUCUUAAUCAAUGGGCGAAAUCAUUUAGCUUUAAAGAAUGCUUUGAUGCAACAAAUGGGAAUGGCACCACCAACACCAGCACCAACAAUUUUACAGCCGAGCCCAUUACAGCCGAUGACUGCCAAUCGAUAUUUGCCCGCAAGUAAUCCUUAUAAUCCUUAUUUCGGGCACGGACUUUUGCCAAUCACAAUUGGUCCAGAACAUGCGGCAUCAGCAUUGGCUGGCAGCCCUUUACCACAAACGAUGUCUAUUGCUACAAAUGCCGGAACACAACCUCAAAAGCGAACUGAUCGUGUUCAGAGCGGUUCUACACCAUUGCCUGCUACGUCGUCAUCAGCAAAUGGAAAGUCAUUAUCAAGCGCUUCAUAUUCAGCUUCGAUUUUGGCCAAUUUAAUGGAAAGCGGGAAAAAGAGGGCAGCUGAAUGCUUACAAAGAUGUGUGUUGGAAACGAAACUGACUCAUAAGCUACAUACAACAGCAGCUCUUACUACGUAUAAAAAAGCUGAUACCGAUAAACCGCUGCCUGAUGUUGUUUCGCUCACAACUUUUUUCUUCUCUUAUCAGACUAUGCUAGGCUUAACUCAUUUCAAUUUACCAUAA